UCCUGGGAAUUGUCUCAUGAUCGUACAUUCCUGCUUAGCCAGAUUUUGACUGUGGCUUGCUCUCACACAUUAUCCUCUUUCCUGAUUAUUUUGCAUUACAUUCCUGCAUAAAUAUGAAUGUGUGAACUAAGCUUAUCUAAUUACACCAGUGUUAGUGACUAGUUUAAAGAAUUAAGUAAAACAGGACAUGAUAAUUACCUGGAUUAACAAGGUGUUUACUACAAACAUAUUCUCACUAACUUUUACUGCAAUGUCACGUUUUACCUAUUAAGUAGAAAAGUAAAUUGGACUUUAGCCCCAAAGCACACACGCUGCACUUAAAGAGCUUCCGAGGUAAUGGUUUCUAUAAAUAACACCACUUGAAGAACAGAGAAUUAGUCUUAUCCUGCUUUUCCAACAAGCCGAACACGGGUUCUGCCACAGUCUCGGUGCAAAGGUUCGUCUGAAAGCAUUGAAGCCAUCCCAGCCGGAGUAAUGAACAGGAUGUUAUCUAUCCCAAGCAGAGAGGUAAAUGCCAGUCUUAUCUGCAAAGCUUUACCCAUAUGUUCAAAUCCGUGGCACAAGGACAGGGAAAAAAUCGGCCUGCCUUCCACUGCUAUCUCAACACAAACACAGUGCUCUCCAAAAUGGAGCCAGGCAGCAGUGCGAGCUCCACACCAGGCUCUGCUUUCAGGCUCCAAAGCUCACAUGAGUAUUUACCAGAGCUUAAUGACUGGGCCUUGCUAACUUUCCACCCGCUGCCAAGCGAGGGAUAUUUUCCAGCUGAGCGCUCGAGCUGGAGUGUGUAGCAUUGCGGCUUAAAGCAGGUUUGAUUUUUCCAAAAGCUUUCUGGCCUGCUUUUAUGUCACUACCAAAGAGAUCAAAGGUCAGACUUUGCAGUUAUACAUAUCAGAACCACAACAGGGUACUGGGUUCGAUCCUGAGCUCAGGUUACUGUCUUUGUGCACUUUCACAUCUUUUCCCCAUGCCCAUGUGGUGGGUUUCCUCCAGGUUCCCUGGUUUUCUCCAACUGCCAGAACCAUACCAGUAGGUAGAUGCCAAUGCUAAAUUGCCCCCUAGGUGUGAAUGCAUGUGUACAUGAUGCCCUGCAAUUGACUGGCGUCCCACCUCAUACCCAUUUAUGGCAUUUGGCAGACACCCUUAUCCAGAGCAACUUACAUAUAUCUAAUUUUUUAUACAGCUAAGGGCAAAGGGCCUUGCUCAAGGGCCCAGAAGCAGCAGUUUGGCAGUGCUGGGAUUUAAACUCAUAACCUUCCAUGCUGAAAGGCCAUGUCUUAUCUACUGAGCUACCACUGCCCAGUGGUCCUAGGAUGGGCUGGAGAUCCACCAGGAUAAAGCACUUCCUGAGGAUAAACAAACAUAAUUUCAUGAUUGCAGGUACCCAAAAGUUUCCAUUAACCAACUCUGAAUCCCUGAGUUUGAAUGGUUGACAAAAAAAAAAAAAAAUCCACACAACUUUGACAAAAAACACACAAAACACAAGACAUUUGCAAAGACUUAUGGUACUGCACAGGAAGUAGAAGGUUAAUGUGCCUACCAAGCAUUAGAAGUCUGUCUCACAACAAAAUCGUUCUCAUCAAUACAUGCCAACAACUUUAUAUACUUUCUUCAACCGCUGGUGUUCAUUGUAAAAUAUUGUAAAAUAAAAGAUUCUGAUUUUUAAAUAACAAAUUUUAAAUCAGAAUUCAUGUUGGAAAAAAGGGUUAAAUAAGAACUAUAUUAUCAUCCACAUAACUUCCAGCUUGAAGUGGCGUGACGUGGCCUAGAGGGCAUAGUGAUACCAAACUGCACUAAAGCCGUAAGUGACUCUGGUUUUCCAAAAUGGCCGCCUGUUCAGCUACAUUGUGAGGUUUUGUUUACAGCAAGUUAACUUACAGCAAGUUAACUUGGGUCUUAAACAGCAUCAGGAAGUUUGCAUGACUGCUGAAAAAUGCAAAUGAAAUUUGAGGUAGAGAUUUAUAUAAAUGAUUUCGGAGGAGGUAGAUAUACAUUUCUUGUAGAUAUUCAUUUCUAGCUUUGGUGCGUAUCUAAGGAAGCAAACUCCAGGCAGGACUUGUCUGAUCAACAACACUUGAGAAAAAGUGAGCAGCAUGCUGUCUGCACUGAUUGUCCCCUUCAAGUAUAUGAGUCCAGGUCCGAGCAGCACAGAGGAUGAAGACACGCUAAGUACCAGCAGUACAGAGGUCAAAGAGAACUGGAACACAGGGAACUUUGAGGACCGCACAAUCAUGACAUCAGAUCGUCCAUCCUUCUUCCUGUCCGAUUCGUCCCGGAGCAGCACGGGCACUCUGAAACGGAAGCGUCCGUUAGAGGAGGACAACAACGGACGUGUAUGUGAGCUGCGAGUGUGCUGCAGAAGGUCCUCAUGGUCAGACACACCGAAGAACGCCGUGGUGCAGCUGAACGAGCUGCGUCCGGGUCUGCAGUACCGCACCGUGUCUCAGACGGGCCCAGUGCACGCUCCACUCUUCUCCAUCGCCGUCGACGUCAACGGGCUCACCUUCGAGGGAACGGGCCCUACUAAGAAAAAGGCUAAAAUGAGGGCAGCUGAGUUAGCGCUCAGCUCCUUUGUGCAGUUCCCCAACGCCGCUCAGGCUCACUCAGCCAUGGGAGGAGUAUCUAAUCCCACCACGGACUUCACCUCUGACCUUUCGGACUUCCCUGAAACACUGUUUAAAGGUUUUGAACCAGACGGUUUUCGUUCAGCCAAGUCUGAGCUGCUCUCUAGCGCCCUCCGAUUGCGCCACACGCUGGACUUGAUGGUGGUACAAGCAAGGCAAGGUGACGCCCACUUUUCCACACCUCCACCAACACCUGAACCGCCUCCUCCACCAAGCCCCGUAGUGCUGCUGAAUAAUCUGCGGCCGGGAGCACGCUAUGCCUGCCUGUGCCAGAGCGCCCGGGGCAGACGCGCUCGCCGCUGCUUCGUGAUGGCCGUGCUGGUGGACGGCAGAAUAUUCGAGGGCACAGGCUGCAGCAAGAAGCUGGCAAAGAGAAAGGCGGCACUGAGUGCCCUGCAGGCACUCUUCAACAUCACACAGGCACCCGAGGCGAGAGUGGGUAUGAUCAAGCGGCCUCAUUUACCCCAGGACUUUGCAGAUGCCGUGUUUCAUUUGGUGAGGGAGAAAUACAGCGAACUGAUUGGCUGCUCCUCCCUCAUGCACGCAUGUCACAAAGGCCUGGCGGGCAUCGUCAUGACCAGAGGGCUGGAUGUGAGACAGGCUGAAGUGGUAGCACUGGCUACAGGCACUAAGUGCAUUAACGGAGAGUAUCUGAGUGACCAGGGCCUGACUGUGAACGACUGUCACGCAGAAAUUACAGCCAGACGAGCCUUACUGCGCUUCCUCUACUCACACCUGGAGCUGCACCUCAGUAAACGAGAGGAGGACAAGGAGCAGUCCAUCUUCGUUCGACAUAAAGACUCAUCUUUCAGGCUGAGAGAGAACGUCCUCUUCCACAUGUACAUCAGCACAUCACCGUGCGGAGACGCCCGCAUUAACUCACCCUACGAGCUCACCACGGACUUCUCGGUGCACAGCAGCAGACCAGUGGCGAAGAAGUUCCACAGCCAUCUGCGGAGUAAGAUCGAGUCGGGGGAAGGCACGCUGCCGGUCAGGUGCAGAUCAGCCGUACAGACGUGGGACGGAGUGAUGCAGGGCGAGAGACUCAUCACGAUGUCCUGCACUGACAAGAUAGCCAGGUGGAACGUGCUCGGCCUCCAGGGGGCGCUGCUCAGUCACUUUGUCGAGCCCGUGUAUCUGUACAGUGUGACGGUAGGCAGCGUGACACACACCGGACACCUCUCCAGAACACUGAACCAGAGGAUGGAGCGUCUCGGCUCACUUCCUGCCUGCUACCGUCGCAACCAGCCGCUACUCAGCAGUCUAAGCAGCAGUGAGUGUUGGCAGCAGCUCAAGGCUUCGUGCUUCAGCGUGAACUGGACUGCAGGAGACGAGCAGCUGGAGGUGAUCAACGCCUCCACGGGCAAACGCCGAGACUGCGGAGCUCCAUCACGACUCUGUAAACGUGCACUUUUCACACGCUGGAACAGAGUCUACCGCAAACUGGUAGCGAGUGCUCCGGGUUCAAGCGCCGGCCCGCUGACGUACGGCGAGGCCAAGCAGGCGGCGGCGUCCUACCAGAGCGCGAAGGAGCAGUGGGUGCGAGCUCUGAGGGAAGCCGGGUUGGGGACGUGGGUCCGGAAACCGGCUGAGCAAGAGCACUUCAUGCUGACGGCGUGAGGAAUCGAUGAUGGACAAAAAACGUUAGUAUGCGCGAGUGAGAAAGAGUGAGACUGACUGUAAACCUGAAGACUUGCUUUCCCCAAUCCUGAGGAGGAGAAGGUGCAGAAGGAAAAACUGGGUUUUGGGAACGACUCUUCAUUUUCACCUUCCAGCGUCCCCUUUCUCUACUCACCUGCGGCUGUCACACUCCACUAAAAGUGUGUGUGUGUGUGUGUGUGUGUGUGUGUUUGUGUGUGUUAACCUUCGACAAAGUGAAAGGCAGCAGCCAUGUUGUCAUCGCUGGCCUGUUUCCGGAUGCUCGGCCCCUGUAGAGUUGUUCGCACACCGUCCAAUUAAAGGCGCUGUCAGAAUGAUGCGCGCCCCUCCUCCUCUUUUCUCUCUCACACACUUAUACAAGCCUUACAUUUUUUUUUUUCCUUCAUCAAGCACACAAGCUCUCUUGCUCUCACCUCUAAAAGAAAAAAAAAGAGCAGGAGGGUGGUUUGACAUUGCAGCGACAGGUUAAUUCAAGCCCUUUUGUGUGCAGCACAGGGAAUAUAAAGAGACGAGUGGAGGAAAUAGUGACAAGCUAACAUAAAUGGUGCCAUUAAAGCACGGCGGGUCUGUGCGGAGCGCUCGAGCUGGUACACCACGCCGCUUUAAUACCUCUCCGCACGUGACAUGUCCUUGUUUUUUCUGGGUUUUUUUUGUUUGUUUCUUUCCCUUUGUGUUGCUUUACCGUAUAUUUACUAAAAGCGCAGGGCAGGAGCAGCGACCCGUGUUAAAAAGAGAAAAGGGGGAAUCGGACACACGGGAGCGCUGUGGAGAAAAACUGUGUUUUUUUGGUGUGAAAUGUACAGCGUUAUUGUUGUUCGUCAAAGUCCCAUCCAUGGAGUAUGAAGUAGGACAGUUCUGUAGCUACACGUUACGAGAAGCAGGCGGAAUAAUAGCUGUAGCGAUUACGAUUACAAACUGGGGUUUUGCCACAUGAUGUUUUUGCCACGUUUAAUUAUUAUUACACAGUAAUAUAUUUUAAAAUCUCGUAUAUAUUUUUUUAAAUGGUGUUACUAGCUAGUCAUCAGGCCUGUGUGUUUAUCAGGCGACACACAGAGGACCAAAGUAGACAAAAUGAAAUAUGUUCGUCUUUAAUUUAAAAUGAAACAUCUGUAAUUUAAAAUCUAAGAUGUAGGCGACUCAUUUUAUAUUAACUGAAAAAUGUUUUCAUCUUACUUCUGUCUCAUGUUUACAGGAAAAAAGAAAAUUAUAUAAUAAAAAUAAAAUUGUCAUUUAAAAUAACAGACCACAUUAAAAUUCAAGUCAGAUGUUAAAAAUGCAGCAAAAAAUGUGGGAAAAAAUCAUAAAUAAAUAAUGAUCUUUGGUUUAAGAUACAGGCAGCCUGUUUUAUGACUAGGCAUAAAUGAUAUAUAAUCAUACAAAUCUUACUUCUCUGUCUCAUAUUAACAGAAGAAAAAUACAUAAAAAUAAAUUUAAAUUUGUUAUGCAGAAUAACAGUCCACAAUACAAUUCUAACAUCCAAUGUUAAAAACAGUUUAAAAAAAAAAAUGGGGAAAAAUUAAUAAAUAAAUACUGAUAUUGGUCUAAGAUAGUGACUUUUUUAAAAGAAAAGAAUGCAUAAAUAUGACCUUUUAAAAAUCACAUUUU